CAUGAGUUAAGGGCCGUCACCGCCGAUCAGCUCAUGUAUAUCAAGGAGGACCUGAUAAUCCCUCAGCACUACACGUUCUACGACUUCAUUGUGACCAAAGCUCGGGGCAAAUCGGGUCCACUGUUUGCUUUCGACGUUCACGACGACGUGCGCCUCGUGUCGGACGCCACAGUGGAAAGGGAUGAGUCGCACGCGGGGAAAGUGCUGUUGAGGGCGUGGUAUGAGCGCAAUAAGCAUAUAUUCCCCGCCAGUCGGUGGGAACCGUACGAUCCGACCAAGAAUUAUGACAAAUACACGAUCGGCGAUAGGAGUAUGCGCGCCCGCACUGUCCACCUCCCGCUGCUCGUGCGGACCCUCUACUGCCUGUCCCGACAAUCGUAUGUUCAGGGCGUUGGCGAACUAACUCAAGUGGUUACAGAGAGCCGUGCGCAAACAUACCCGGCCACUGCGUUGACGUUCAUUCUCAUCGUCAAGGGGUGCAUCGGUGCGUACGGGUAG